AUGGGGAUUGAACUGCUGUCAGUGAUGGAUGGAAACAUUGUGUCAUAGAGUACAAAGGGGGAGGCUACAUACUACCAAUUCUUAUUUACUAUAGUGUGUGUGUGUGUGUGUGUGUGUGUGUGUGUGUGUGUGUGUGUGUGUGUGUGUGUGUGUGUGUGUGUGUGUGUGUGUGUCCAUCCUCACCCCUCAUCUCAUCCAUCGAGGGUUGAUAUGACAGAUCAGAUCUGAGAAUAAAGCUCAGUGGUCAAUCCUAUAGUACCAGAGGAUUUAAAGCUAUAGCGACCACAUUAAAGAUGGCAGCUGUGUUAGUCUUAGGACCAGUGCGUCAAUCUAAGUAACAUCAUUCAAAAUCCGUCAGUUCAAGCUAGAGAUAUCAGUUUUGCAUGGACUGCGUCUCAAUCAACCGCAUGCGAUUAUGUCGGCCUUCCGUAUCUGCAGUGGAAGGUGACCGAGUUAUAUCAGUGUUUGUCAGACCAUGAGACAAAAACGUCUGUUGCGUCCGAACUGUUUGGGCUACAAACUAAUAUGACCGCUCUAUGGAAAGAUGAGAUUCUUCUGAAGGUAACCCGGUAUCAGUUUUAAAUAAGUAUGGAGGGAGUUUUGUGCCAACAAAAAAGGGGUUAAAUAUGUGUCCAUGUAGAGCUGGAGGAGGUAAGCCCUCUUGCUGCGCCUUUCCGGCACCUUCCCUGUUGGGAGGCUAAUGGAGCCCAGCUGAGGGUAAUAAGUCAAUCAAGUGUGUGAUUGGCUGGACAAUCAGCCCCAACAGUUGAUUAGGCUGCUGCUGCUCCCGUUCGAGGGAGAGGACUGGAGACCGAAGCAGACAGGUUGGGGCUGAAAGAAUCUCAGUUUAAGAUAGCCUUCGUUAUUUCUGUUCGUCAAUUGUAAAAUAAAACCUAAGUUUACUCUGCCUCACUGAGCCUCUCAGCAGGCUCUGUCACAGUCCAAAAAAUAUAAUAUUUCCUGAGCUUUCUUAUCUUCUAGAUGCACUGUAGGACAGACACUUCAAUUCCUUAUGAUGUAUUUUUGGACUUUCUGUUUUGCCAUUUCUGAAUGUGUUUCUCAAUGUGUUUCUAUGGGCUAUAGUAGUAAAGGACAAAGUAGAACCCCCCCCCCAAAAGGCUUUGACUUUUAGAGGUUAUUAAGAGCAUAUACCAAGCAGCAACAACGUGGACACAACACAUACACUGAGUGUACAGACAUUAAGGACACCUACACUUUCCAUGAAGUAGACUGACCAGGUGAAUCCAGGUGAAAGCUAUGAUCCUUCAUUGAUAUCACUUAAUCAGUGUAGAUGAAGGGGAGGAGACUGGUUAAAGAAGGAUUUUUUUGCCUUGAGACAAUUGAGACAUGGAUUGUGUAUGUGUGCCAUUCAGAGGUGGAAUGGGCAAGACAAAAGAUUUAAGUGGCUUUGAAAGUAGUAGGUGCCAGGCGUACUGGUUUGAGUGUAUCGUGAACUGCAACGCUGUUGUGUUUUUCACGCACAACAGUUUCCCUGUGUGCAUCAAGAAUGGUCCACCACCCAACGGACAUCCAGCCAACUUGACACAACUGUGGGAAGCAUUGGAGUCAACAUGGGCCAGCAUCCCUGUGGAACGCUUUCAACACCUUGUAGAGUCCAUGCCCCGACAAUUUGAGGUUGUUCUGAGGGCAAAAGGGAAUAUUAUGAAGGUGUUCCUAAUUUGUACAAUCAGUGUAUAUGAUGUCAUGCUACAUAAGUUGAGGUUUGCAUCAUCAGUUGAAUUCUGGAAUCUACCACUUCUAGCAACAUGUGCUCUAGCUUACAACAGUGAAGGUAUGGUUGGCUUGUUUGUUUGUUAUGAUAGGGCACACAUUUUCCCUGACCUGGAAAAACUCCUGGCCCUAGUUAGACUGUAUUUGCUCUUUGACUUCUUUCCUUAAGUUAAGUGUUGUUAGUUCAGGUCAGCGGGUCAGCAGUUCAAUCUGUGAGUGCUGUGCCUCCCAGUCAGUCAGUGAUGCAGUAACAUAGGAGGCUUCCCAGGAGAGUGUUCCACUGUGUCCGGUGGUUCUUCCUGCUUAUACCACAGAUUACCCGUGCUCAACUAAACACGUUUGUGCCGCUGUGCCCACAGCCAUGAGUUGUGUUCCUCACUGGGACACACACAUGGAAAGGUGCUCACAACGACAGCAGAUGUAUGUCGGGAGUUGUGGUUGAGUGGGUAUUGGGUAUCAUGUUGAGAUCGAAGUGUGUGUGCCCUCGGAGAUCCGCCUGACCUGUGAGCAACAUUCUUGACAGGAGGAUGACACUAAUUAUCUAGAGCGGUUGACGGUUUGUUUUUUUCUUCUAGUUUUGCCCUUGUUUAUUAAAGAGGCGAGAGUGGUAUGGUACAUGGUCACAUGGUAGACUAGAGUGACAUGGUAGAUCAGAGUGACAUGGUAGACUAGAGUGACAUGGUGACAUGGUAGAUCAGAGUGACAUGGUAGACUAGAGUUACAUGGUCAUAUGGUAGACUAGAGUGACAUGGUCACAUGGUAGACUAGAGUGACAUGGUAGACUAGAGUGACAUGGUGACAUGGUAGAUCAGAGUGACAUGGUAGACUAGAGUUACAUGGUCAUAUGGUAGACUAGAGUGACAUGGUCACAUGGUAGACUAGAGUGACAUGGUAGACUAGAGUUACAUGGUGACAUGGUAGAUCAGAGUGACAUGGUAGACUAGAGUUACAUGGUCACAUGGUAGACUAGAGUGACAUGGUAGACUAGAGUUACAUGGUGACAUGGUAGACUAGAGUGACAUGGUCACAUGGUAGACUAGAGUGACAUGGUAGACUAGAGUUACAUGGUGACAUGGUAGAUCAGAAUGACAUGGUAGACUAGAGUUACAUGGUAGAUCAGAGUGACAUGGUAGACUAGAGUUACAUGGUCACAUGGUAGACUAGAGUGACAUGGUAGACUAUAGUUACAUGGUGACAUGGUAGACUAGAGUGACAUGGUCACAUGGUAGACUAGAGUGACAUGGUAGACUAGAGUUACAUGGUGACAUGGUAGAUCAGAGUGACAUGGUCACAUGGUAGACUAGAGUUACAUGGUAGACUAGAGUUACAUGGUCACAUGGUAGACUAGAGUGACAUGGUCACAUGGUAGAUCAGAGUGACAUGGUAGACUAGAGUUACAUGGUGACAUGGUAGACUAGAGUGACAUGGUCACAUGGUAGACUAGAGUGACAUGGUAGACUAGAGUUACAUGGUGACAUGGUAGACUAGAGUGACAUGGUCACAUGGUAGACUAGAGUGACAUGGUAGACUAGAGUUACAUGGUAGACUAGAGUGACAUGGUAGACUAGAGUUACAUGGUAUUUCUGGAAGAACAUCUUAAACAAAAGUAGAGACUGUGUCAGUCUCAUGUCAGACAAGUGUACCAUAGGUCCUCAAAGGGGCCCUUAUAGACUACAGUAUGUUUGUGUGUUUCUAUAAGAAGGACUAGCGAUGGACUGAGUAUUGCAGAAAACAUUUGGGACGAUCACCACUGCUAGAUAUCUUCCAGAUGGGUGGGAGGCCCUGUCUGCCAUCACAGAUUAGAGAAAAAAGGAUGUUUGAAUAAGCGACGAAAUCCCACAGCUUUUCGCAAGCACCAGUGACAGUUUAAUGAAAAGUGAACUCCCAAAUGUGAGGUGUGUUGCCUUAUUCAGUGUGUGUCAGAGAGCGGGAGAGAGCAUUAUUCAUGAUCAGCUGCUGAACGAAAACUUUCUGGAACUCCCAUUAGCAGCUGAUUUGGGAUCAGCUCUCCCUAGCCGAGUCCUAACGUUAACCAUUAUGAAUACUAACAACUACACAGGCCCUGGACCAUAACCAUGAACAAAACAAACACUGUCAUGCCUAAUCAAACAUAUCCCAAUAUUACCACCUGUCUUUUAGAUAUUGUCAUUCCAUUUUAAGUUAGGAGUUCUAAUGGUAAUAGUACACCAUCUGUUUGAUAGCAGGAGAGCUGCUGUACUGACGUUGUCUCUCCAAACAGCAGAUGCCUUCAGAAGGGAUAUGCCAGUCCUUUUCUCUCCACUGCACUUUAUGUAACAUCUACUCUAAAUGUUAAUGGAAAAUCGAAUAAAAACAAUUUUAAAAAUGUAUUACGUUUUCGCCCGGCUAAAGUAGACAAGAUAUGUAAUUACAGCUGGGUAUUUGCUCAGCAACACUGGUAAGAAGGCAAUUUAUAUUGUUGUAUCCCCUAAAAUUAAGUAUGAUUUAUUUAUAUAUAUGUAUAUAUAAAUAUAUCAUCUACUUGAAGGUAAACAAAGGCUGAAACAGAUGUUUAUUGUUGGAACAUUAAUUUUAAAAAGUUAUUCCUGAAGUGCCUUUAGGCCAAGUGAAUUUUGACAGGGCUUUUUCCCCUAUGGAACAUAAAGUCUGUGCAGUACUAUACAUGGAUUCAACUGGACAGGGCAUGGGCCGUACACGAUUGGUGAUAUAAGGGACAUUAUUAAUAUGCAAAUCCCUAUAAAAUAUGAAUCAGCUUAUUAGAAAGCCACCGUGGCGUGUGGCUAAGUGACAGUGACAUGAGCACAGCGAACAGGGAAACGAAUUGAUAGAACAGGGGAGUUGAUCCCGGAAGCACCAGAGGCACCCGACGCAUCCGGGUCCCCACCCUAUUGGGACUCCAUGGUCCUCUCUGCCUUGGUUCAUUGGUGUCAGCUCUCUGAACAUCAGCAGGGACCACCAGGAUCUUAGAGGGGGGGAUACAGUACUGACUUCGGGUCCCCAAAGUGUCACCACCAUAUGGGGACUUCGCGCCCCUGUAGGUGCCCCUCUGCCUGGUUCAUUGGUGUCCGCUCCAUGAGCAUCAGCUGGGACCACCAGGACCCUAAACUCAGACCUCUGGGGGAAUGUGAUGAAUGCAGAGCGGGAGGACACAGUACUGUAGCUCAGUGUACCAUGUUAAAACCCUGCAGUCAACUGCAAAUGACAGCCUGUCACUAAUUCCCUACGCCUCUCUCUCCCUCUCCCUCUCCCUCUCCCUCUCCCUCUCCCUCUCCCUCUCCCUCUCCCUCUCCCUCUCCCUCUCCCUCCCUCCAUCCACCAGGACUACAGAGUGAACAUCUUCCUCCGUCAAAAGUGGAACGACCCCAGGUUAGCGUACACAGAGUACCCCGACGGUUCUCUGGACCUGGACCCCUCUAUGUUGGACUCUAUCUGGAAACCUGACUUGUUCUUCGCCAAUGAGAAAGGGGCCCAUUUCCACGAAGUCACCACAGACAACAAGCUGUUAAGAAUAUUCAAGAACGGCAACGUCCUCUAUUCUAUACGGUGAGUGUGUACAAUAUGGAGCACACUAACACCCUUUUCACAUUAUACUAACUUAACCAAACUGUCCUGGCGCUGAUAUUUCCAUCAACUGUUGUGGAUUCAUUACCAGGCUAGCUCAGUACAGCUUGGUUUGGCUCGGCUCGGUUUGGAUCAGUAGUGUGAAAAACCCUCAAGAGGUGUGGGCCUAACCAUCAUCAAAUGACCAUCUUACAUUGAUACAUCAAACAAGCUCCCACCCACUCAAAUGUUUUAUCACAUAAUCAGCCUAUAGGCCCUUCUAAUGGCCCAAUGCUAAACAUUCAAUCCACUACACUCUUUAGAAAAAAAGGUACUAUCUAGAAUCUGAUAGGGUUCUUCCGCUGUCCACAUAGGAGAACCCUUAGAAAAAGCAUUUUUGGUUCCAGGUAAAACCCUUUUGGUUCCAGGUAGAACCCUAUUGGGUUAUUUGUGGAACCCUUUGCCCAGAGGGUUCUACAUGGAACCCAAAAGAGUUCUACCUGGAACCUGGAACUUAAAAAGGUUCUCGUAUGGGGACAGCCGAAGAACCCUUUUGGAACCCUUUUUUCUAAGAGAGUACUGACAAAAAUGCUCUGCCACACCAUCAAUCAAGCUGGGACACUUCUCAUCUUCUGUCGUUAAACAUAAAGCCAUAGUGGGGGGUGUCACAAUGAUGUGUAAAUUUCAAGGCGGAGCGGUGAAUUGCUGGCAGCUUUGAGUCGAUGGUACCAGUCGGGUUGAGUUAUGGAGUUGUGUAGUGGCGGGGCCGUAGAAAAGCCGCAAUGGAAGGCUGAGAGGAUAUGACAUGACGGAGCGGAGGGAUCCCCUCGGAUAUGGAGUCCAUCCGCAGCCCGGUGCCUCCAGGGUGGAGGAUGUCAUUAAAACAUGUCCAAUAUGCAGCCGUCAGCCUUUUGUCUCUAUCCUUUUGCUCAUUCUUUUGUUCUCUCUCCUCCGACUGGAUGUCUCUCUCUCUCUCCAUCCUUCUCUCUCUCUCUCUAUCCUUCUCUCGCUCAAAUUUUUUUCAUUCUUUCAUUCUCUCAUCUCUCUGCCUCUCUCUGCCUCUCUCUCUCUCUCUCUCUCUCUCUCUCUCUCUCUCUCUCUCUCUCUCUCUCUCUCUCUCUUUCUCUCUCUCUCUCUCUCUCUCUCUCUUCUCUCUUUCUGUCUCCUGACUGCUCAUCCCAACACAGAGCCCACAGUCUCUGAGGAAGGCAUUGGCCUGUCUUGUUGUUUCUAUCAUCUUUGGUGUUUCACCAGCUGGUUUACAGCACUGCUGGUUUACAGCACUACUGAUUCAACACUGAGCCAAGUUCACUUGGUACUUGACAGGAUUUGUCCAGGCAUGAUACAGUACAUGCGAAUGUACACUCUUAGAAAAAAGGGUUUCAAAGCGGUUCUUCGGUUGCCCCCAUAGGAAAGUCUUUUUGGUUCCAGGUAGAACUCUUUUGGGCUCCAUGUUGAACCCUCUGUGUAAAGGGUUCUACAUGUAACUCAAAAGGGUUCUACUUGGAACCAAAACGGUUCUACCUGGAACUAAAAAGGUUUCUUCGAAGGGUUCUCCAAUGGGGACAGCUGAAGAACCCUUUAAGACAGCACCUUUUUUUCUAAGAGUGUAGGUUAGCAGAAAUCCUGCUAACACUUAAUGUGAUGGGUAUCUUCAUAAAGGACUUCAAAACACAUUCAUAACCAAUACUUAACACAUUCAUAAGGCACGUGAUAAUGGUGAUGAAUAUGCAAAGGCGUUAUGAAUGCCUAAUGUUUAGCCCCUUUCAAGUCAAACGAUACCUAUGCCUUAUAGUUGUGAUAUAUACUCAAAUGUUUUUAUUUUCUAUUGUCUAUCUGUUUUUACAGAUUGACAUUAACCCUUUCCUGUCCGAUGGACCUGAAGAACUUCCCCAUGGACGUACAGACGUGUAUCAUGCAGCUAGAGAGCUGUGAGUGAAGCACUAUAGUAUUACUGUAGUAAUACUGCAGUAUUUAGUAUAUUAUCCACCCAUUAUAGCCCUGUGACUGCAGUAUCCAUCUGUGAGUACAGAACAGUACCAUACAGUUCAUUCAAAGUAUUCAGACCCCUUCACUUUUUCCACAUUUUGUUACGUUACAGCCUUAUCAUAAAAUGGAUGAAAUCAUUUAUUUUCCUCAUCAAUCUACACACAAUACCCAUAAUGACAAAGCAAAAACAGUUUUUUUUUUUUAUGUUUGCAAAUUUAUACAAAAUAAAAAACAGAAAUACCUUAUUUACGUAAGUAUUCAGACUCUUUGCUAUGAUAAUCGAAAUUGAGCUCAGGUGCAUCCUGUUUCCAUUGAUCAUCCUUGAGAUGUUUCUACAACUUGAUUGGAGUCCACCUGUGGUAAAUUAAAUUGAUUGAACAUGAUUUAGAAAGGCAUAUACCUGUCUAUAUAAGGUCCCACAGUUGACAGUGCAUGUCCGAGCAAAAACCAAGCCAUGAGGUCAAAAGAAUUGUCCGUAGAGCUCCGAGACAGGAUUGUGUUGAGGCACAGAUCUGGGGAAGGGUACCAAAAAAUGUCUGCAGCAUUGAAGGUCCCCAAGAACACAGUGGCCUCCAUCAUUCUUAAAUUGAAGAAGUUUGGAACCACCAAGACUCUUCCUAGAGCUGGCCGUCUGGCCAAACUGAGCAAUCGGGGGGAGAAGGGCCUUGGUCAGGGAGGUGACCAAGAUCCCGAUGGUCACUCUGACAGAGCUCCAGAGUUCCUUUGUGGAGAUGGGAGAACCUUCCAGAAGGACAACCAUCUCUGCAGUACUCCACCAAUCAGGCCUUUAUGGUAGGGUGGCCAGACGGAAGUCACUCCUCAGUAAAAGGCACAUGACAGCCGCUUGGAGUUUGCCAAAAGUAAACUAAAGGACUCUCAGCCCAUGAGAGACAAUAUUCUCUGGUCUGAUGAAACCAAGAUUGAACUCUUUGGCCUGAAUGCCAAGCGUCACGUCUGGAGGAAACCUGGCACCAUCCUACAGUGAAGCAUGGUGGUGGCAGCAUCAUGCUGUUGGAUGUUUUUCAGCGGUAGGGACUGGGAGACUAGUCAGGAUCGAGGGAAAGAUGAACGGAGCAAAGUACAUCCUUGAUGAAAACCUUCAGAGCGCUCAGGACCUCAGACUGGGGCGAAGGUUCACCUUCCAACAGGACAAUGACCCUAAGCACACAGCCAAGACAACGCAGGAGUGGCUUUGGGAAACGUCUCUGAAUGUCCUUGAGUGGCCCAGCCAGAGUCAGGACUUGAACCCGAAAGAACAUCUCUGGAGAGACCUGAAAAUGGCUGUGCAGCGACACUCCUCAUCCAACCUGACAGAGCUUGAGGAUCUGCAGAGAAUAAUGUGAGAAACUCCCCAAAUACAGGUGUGCUAAGCUUGUAGCGUCAUACCCAAGAAGACUCAAGGCUGUAAUCGCUGCCAAAGGUGCUUCAACAAAGUACUGAGUAAAGGGUCUAAAUACUUUUGUAAAUGUGAUAUUUCAGAGUUUUUUUAUUUAAAAAACAGUUUUUGCUUUGUCAUUAUGGAGUAUUGUGUGUAGAUUGAUGAGGGGGAAAAAUCGAUUUAAUCCAUUUUAGAAUAAGGCUGUACCGUAAAAAUUUUUGGAAAAAGUGAAGGGGUCUGAAUACUUUCCGAAUGCACUGUAUAUUAUCCAACCGUUAUUGCCCUGUGACUGCAGUAUCCAUCUGUGAGUACAGAACAGUACCAUAUAUUAUCCACCCAUUAUAGCCCCGUGACUGCAAUAUCCAUCUGUGAACAUUUGGAAUAAAAUGAUGUAAGAUGUUCAGAUUGACCAAAAUAAGCUGUUCAUCUUUUUGUAUCUUUUUCAUCUGACAGGAGGGCCCUUUUUCUAGUUCCAGUAAUAAUGAGGUCACUGGUAAAAUAAUAUGAUGAUAAGAUUUGUGGUAGAGAGAGCGUGGGCAUGGGUUUACCUGGGUAGGAUAAUAAUACCUUGUCAUGCAAGUGUGGGUGGUAUGUCCUCUUGUGACCACACAGAUGCAUAAAUGUAGGCUCUCGCUUACACACACACACACACACACACACACACACACACACACACACACAUUCUCCCACACACACACACACACACACACACACACACACACACACACACACACACACACCCACACCCACUGCUGACCUAAUACUCCAGGGUCUCUUCCUGCCUGGACUGUCUCUAUGGCCUUGUAGAAUGGACUCAUUCAGGCCAGUAGGCCAGUAGUUAAUGGCUAUGAAGGUUACCAAAGCUGUUAGCGGAGGGUUAUUAGCAAAUAUUUAGAUUUGCAAAAGACUGCACUUCUAAUAAGGGAGGACAUGUAUAAGCAUAUCAAGUGCCAGCUGAAUAUUUGCAUAUAAGGAGCAUAAUUAUUGGAAAAUGUUUAUGGGGUAAUCUUCAGAUUGUCCUUGAGUAAAACAUCAAUAUCUAGCUGCAUAUAUAGAUAUUAUACAUAAAACAUCAAAAAAUAAUACUGUGCAGAUACACACUGCAUACUACUCACAGACACAUAAGGCAGAGAUGAUUGUGAUCAUUGCAUCCACUUCGCUUUGGAUAAAUGCGUCUGCUAAAUGGCAAAUAUUAUAUACACUUCUUUCGCAUAGUAUUACUACAUAAUCGUACCCAUAUUUUGACCCGUAGCACUUGUCCAUUUACUGCAAGUGAAUUUAAAGUCCCAAUCACUCCGUCCAUCAAGAUGAGCUUCAAUUUGUGAGUGGGAUUCCUACACCAGAAGUAAAUCCCUGUGGACCAUCAAUUGCUAUGCAUUCCCCAUCUCUCUACAGUGCACCCCCCUGUUAGCUUUAACCACAUGGAGUAAAGGAAGUGCUCCGGUACCUUGUUAAAGAUUUGUGGACUUGAGGAGACACAGCACUGGAUGUGUCCACUAAAAGUUGUAGCAAAUUGGCAAACACUUACAUUUGCACAGGGGCCCAAGUGUGUCUCAAAAGAUGAUAAUAAUUCAUGCCGAUUGCUGCUGUGUCGCAGCUGCAGAGGCUUUUAGCUGGGACAUCUCUGUCUCUGUCCCCCCUCGCUCUCUCGCUCUCUCUCGCUCUCACUAGUCAAAACAUGACUGUGAUAACGCCAGUCACAAGAUAACACUUUACUCCCACAGAGAUAGCAGCAGUGGACACACUGUACCCACUAAACUAAAGCCUGCUCUGCUCAGCCAGCCGCUGAAUGGCUUGGAUCAGAUAUGCCAAGCACGUUAACCCACAGAAAAGAAUGUAGACACACUCCAAUCAGGAGGAAUUGGAGUCAAUGACUAUAUGUAUUGAAGAAAUACAGAGGGAGCACAUAUGAUAUAAUAUAAAUAAUUUAUUGAGUAGUUAAUGUAUUAUGUGAUAUAACUUGGUCUGAACUUGAAUUGACUCUGAAUUGACUGUAUUUUUAAUAGGCAAGGUACUGUGUUGAGGAAAGCAUAUAAUUUGAAAAUGAAAUUUAAUUUCACUUGGGUAUAGGCACAGGUUAGCAUACAUGGCCAGAUGUGGGAGAUAUAGUGGAAGAGACUGCAGUGAGUGGGAAGAGAAUCAAUGUCCACCAGCAAGUAGGAAACCCUCCUUUAUGUCUCCCUUCAUUACCUACAAAUUAAAUAUGUUCAGAGGGGCGGCGGAGGGUGGAUUAAUUGAUAUUAAUAGUAAUGACCAUGCUAAAUGUCCCUCGUCCUCCCCUCCGUUCCUCCCGCCCCAUCUCCUCCCCCCUUUACUCCUCUCUAUCUCCCUCUGUCUCCUCUAACUCUCCCAUCUCCUCCCACUCCUCCCUCUCCUCCUCCUCUCACCCUUUCUUAACCCCGUCUACCCUCUCCCCUGGACGCCUCUCUAACAUGUAGAAAGAAGUACAAAAUGGACAUAGAGAAGAGAAGCUAUAAUUACAUGGCGCACCAUCAUUAAUUUAUUUAUACAUUUUUACACACCCUGUCCUUUCCAGUGCAGUUGCGGCCCGGGGGAUAG